AUGCCCAAACUAAGUGAACAAUUUUACAAAAUCAUCAGAUUCUCUUUCAGGAACUAUAGUUCGAAAACAGAAACGAAACCAAAGAAAGACGUGGACCCUUGCAGGACGUUCAAAAUAUAUCGCUUCGGAGGUAUUCUUUCAAAGGAACAACCCAAAAUACAGAGCUAUGAACUAGACGUUUCAACAUGCGGCAAAAUGGUUCUAGACGCUUUAAUUAAAAUAAAAGAUAAAGACCCAACUCUGACGUUUCGGAGAUCCUGUCGUGAAGGUAUCUGCGGCUCUUGCGCGAUCAACUUACAAGGAAUGAACUGCUUGUCCUGCAUCACUGAGAUACCUCCAGCCAAGACCAUCACCAUACUCCCAUUACCCCAUAUGUAUGUCAUCAGAGACCUGGUAGUUGACAUGACACAUUUUUUCAAUGGCUACGAUAGUAUUCGACCGUAUCUUGUGAGGAAAAACGAUGGAGCCAUUGGAAAAACUCAAUUAGCCCAAAGCAUUAAAGACAAUGAGAAAAUGGUCGGAUUAUAUGAGUGCGUUUUGUGCUCAUGCUGUUCUACAUCAUGUCCUAGUUACUGGUGGAACGGUAGGAGGUUCUUAGGCCCUGCCACGUUACUCCAUGCGUAUAGAUGGGUCAUAGAUUCAAGAGACGACGACACGGAACAAAGACUGUAUGAAUUACGGGACAGUUUCAAAGCAUUCAAAUGUCACACCAUCAUGAACUGCUCGUUGGCUUGUCCCAAAGGCUUACAUCCAGCAAAGGCUAUUAUGAACCUAAAAAGACUAAUUUCAGGCCUAGACAAAAAACCUGUUCCAGAAAUAGAUCCUGGCAAGUUCAAGUCUGGCGGAGACAGUGGCAGUGGCAAAAACAAGAAAUGUUGCCCCUGA